CAUCUAUAACACUACUCAAAACAUAGCAUACCAUGUCGACGACAGCGCGACCCGCCUGGAGCGACGACUGCUUCAAACCACAGCCAGAGCGCCACUACAGAGGCAAAAGGCCCUCGCGGCGGUUGGUUGCGGGAAACUCGGCGAGGACGACAAGUGUAGCAUCGAUCGUCACCCAGGACGGAGUCCAUCCGGACGAGGCGGCAGAUUGGUUGGGCCUCGGGGCACGGCGCCGCGGUCCCGAAAGUGUGCCGCCGCCGCCGAGCGGGACGAGGAGCCUGCGCGAGGCGCUGGAGGCGAGCGCCGCACCGACCCAGCACGCCGCCGGCCAAACCACGGCGCGCAAGUCAAUGCGUGAGCCGGCGGAGCGCUACCAGCGCGAGCUGCCGCCGCCUCCAGUGGCAACCCCAGCAGAGCCGGAGCCGCCAGCGCCGCCCCCGCCGCCGCCGCCCGCGCUGACACAAACAGAUUCCCGGCGCCUUGGCCGCAGACACUUCGGCGGCGCGAGGACGCGGCCCGAGGGCUUCCUCGUUUGGGACGAGUCGGCCCACGAAGCGGCGGUGCGCGCGCGGGCACCGACGGCCACGCGGAUAUCGGUACGCGCUCGCCAGGGCGCGCCGGCGCCCGCGCGGCCGCCUGAUACUUCCCUG